AUGAUCUUCAAUGUCACCAGCAUUACCAGCUUCAGUCUUCCAAAACCACAAAACAGAUCGACUGGUGGUGUCAUUAUCAUAGGAACAAUCGGCAAAUCAAGCAUCAUUGAUUCGAUGAUCGGUAGUGGAAAUCUGGACGUUGAGUCGAUCACAGGACGAUGGGAAGCAUUUUCAUCACAACUAGUUCAAUCUCCACUACCCGGUAUUGAAUCGGCUCUCGUGAUCGUUGGAAGCGAUCGGAGGGGCGCUAUAUACGGCCUCUACGAUGUUUCAGAGCAGAUUGGUGUUUCACCUUGGUACUUUUGGGCUGACGUACCUCCCAAAAGCUGCCACACAGUCAGUGCAAUGCGUACAACUAGAAUUCGAGGAACACCGUCUGUCAAGUACCGUGGCUUCUAUAUCAAUGACAACGCUCCUGCACUCUCAGGCUGGAUCACAGCCAAGUUUCCCGGAGCAGGAGAGCCGCCCAUCUACGGUGCAGAAUUUCACGCACUUGUCUUCGAGUUGGUCUUGAGAUUGCGAGCCAACUAUCUGUGGCCCGCAGGUGGAGACUGGACUCAAAUGUUCUUCGUCGACGACAAACGUAAUCAGCCCCUCGCGGACGAAUACGCCGUGGUCAUCGGGACAAGCCAUACCGAGCCCUUUCAGCGUGCCACGAUGGAGUGGUCGCUCUUUGGCAAUGGUCCGUGGCAAUGGACUACAAACAACGCUUCCAUUGUCCCCUUCAUGCGUGAUGGCGCAAUCAGGGCCAAGCCUUACGAAAGCAUCAUCACGAUGGGCAUGCGCGGAAGUGGAGAUACCGCUCUAUCCGCCUCGAUUGAGACUGAGCUAUUAGAGAAUAUUGUCGACACGCAGCGUGAAAUCUUGGCUGACGUUUAUGGUGAAAAUCAAUCCUUGGCUAGUAUUCCGCAGCUGUGGUGUUUGUACAAGGAAGUACAAGGCUUCUACGAGGCUGGGAUGCAAGUUCCCGACGAUGUCACUCUGCUCUGGUCUGACGACAAUUGGGGCAAUAUUCGACGUUUACCAAACGUAGAUGACCGCGACCGCCCGGGAGGUGCUGGUGUUUACUUUCAUUUCGAUUAUGAUGGCCUGCCUAGAAAUUACAAGUGGCACAACACAAUCCAGCAACAGAGGACUUGGGAGCAGAUGUCUAUGGCUCAUGAACGCGAUGCAAGAGAGAUUUGGAUCGUCAACGUGGGCGACAUAAAGCCAGUGGAGAUUCCACUCACCUUCUUCCUGGAUAUGGCCUACGACUACACUGAAUGGGCUGCGCCCGACAGCGGUUCAACCUGGGAACGAAUUUGGGCAUCAAAGACUUUCGGCGAGUCUUAUGCUGCUGAUAUCAACUAUGUACUAGAUCGUUUCGGUCAACUCGCUGGUCGAAGGAAGUUUGAGCUCAUCGAACCAGAUACGUACUCAGUCAUUAACUAUAACGAAGCCGACAUUGUACUCCAAGAGUGGGCAGAACUUGCACAAUUGGCAUUGGCAAUCGAUUCCAGCCUGCCUGAUUCAUACCACGCAGCCUUCUUUGAGCUCAUACUCCAUCCUAUCCUUGCUGGACAGGCUGUACACGAAGUCAAUGUGAACUCAGCAAAGAAUCUUAUCUAUGGAAUCCAGGGAAGAAACUCCGCAAAUGGCUACGCCAAGAAGGUGCUUGAUGGCUUCGAAGAAGAUCAUAACCUUACCGUACGAUCUCAUUCACUCGUCAGUGGCAAGUGGGAUCAUAUGAUGGACCAAGCCCAUAUUGGCUAUGUCCAAUGGAAUCAACCAAAACGACAGCUCUCUCCCCCAGUCAGGUAUGUUCAAACGCUUGAACGAUCUUAUGCUGGCGAUCUCGGAGUAACUACAGAGGGUACAAAUGCCAGCGUUCCAGGUGAUGAUCCAUACCACGCACUAUUCUCGAACCAAUUGACCAUCCUCCCGGCAGACCCGUAUGGACGAACAAGGUUUGUCGAUUUGUUCAACAUGGGGACUGACACCACCGUCUGGAGUAUUUCCGGGCCGUCAUAUGUGAACUUUACAUUCGAAAACGGUGAUUCGGCUCACCAAGGCACCAUCUCUCCCGGUGAUACGGAUGUUCGGAUAUUUCUCAACGUCAACUGGGUCGCUGCCCCGAGUGGCUCAUCGAGUACAGUAAUCAAAGUUACUUCCUCGACUGGCUAUGGCCAGCAACAAGGCCCUUCCAAUGGCUUAGGACCAUCCUUGGUUUUCCCAAUAAACAAUACAGUUGUACCUUCAGGGUUUCAAGGCUUCGUGGAGUCAGAAGGUUAUGUCGCUAUGGAAGCGAGUCAUUAUUCCCGUCUUGUCGGCGAUACCAGCAAUGGCUCAGAAUCCGCAUACACGAUCAUUCCAUGGUACGGCAAAACCUUAAGUGGUGUCGCAUUACGCGAUCCUCUUGCGCCGUCCUACGUGAACGCAACUACCGCUCCCUUUCUUGAGUACGAUUUCUAUAGCUUCACGAACACAACCACGACAAUACCAACCAACAUAACUAUGAUCUUAGGACAGGGUCUGAAUACAGAUCUAACUCGGCCUUUGAAGUACGCUGUCGCUAUUGAUGACUCACCCCGAAAAGUGGUGCAGUAUGUGAUCGACCAGGAUGGCGGUGCCCUUCCGGUAGGGUGGGAUCAAACUGUUUCCAAUGCAGCUUGGGCUAGUGUAAGUAAUACAACAAUCGCGCCCGGCAAGCACACUCUUAUGGUGUGGCUACUCGAGCCUGGCAUAACCCUACAAAAAGUCAUUCUUGAUUUUGGUGGUGUUAGGCAAAGUUACCUUGGGCCACCGGAAAGUAAGAGAGUAUAG